GCAGCCAUUUUGAGCGAUAUCGGAGGCGUAGUGUUAGCCAAUGCCUGUGGACCUUGUAUAGGACAGUGGGACAGAAAGGAUGUCAAGAAGGGCGAGAAAAACACCAUUGUUACAUCUUACAACAGAAACUUCACCGGCCGUAACGAUGCCAAUCCCGCCACACACGCUUUUGUUACCUCCCCUGAGUUGGUGACGGCAAUGGCCAUCGCUGGAGAACUCAGUUUCAAUCCAGUAACAGACAGUCUAACAGCAUCUGAUGGGUCGAAAUUUAAGUUUGAAAGUCCUUAUGGUGACGAGCUGCCGUCCAAAGGAUUUGACCCAGGAAUGGAUACGUUCCAGCCUCCGCCCGGAGACGGAACAAGCCUCAGAGUGGAUGUUGACCCUAAAAGUGCUCGCCUUCAGUUGUUGUCUCCCUUUGACAAGUGGAACGGUCAGGAUUACCUUGAUAUGCCAAUCCUCAUCAAGGUGAAAGGAAAGUGUACAACUGACCACAUCAGUGCUGCUGGUCAGUGGCUCAAAUACAGAGGUCAUCUGGACAAUAUCUCCAACAACCUGCUGAUUGGUGCCACCAAUGUGGAAAAUGGUGAAAUUAACAGCGUGAAGAACUGGCUUACCGGGAAAUACGGCAGUGUACCCGACACGGCUAGAUAUUACAAGGCACAGAGCAUCCCCUGGGUGGUUGUAGGAGAUGAAAACUAUGGUGAGGGAAGUAGCAGAGAACACGCUGCACUCGAGCCCCGACAUCUCGGUGGACGUGCCAUCAUCGUCAGGAGUUUCGCCCGUAUACACGGUAAUACAUCAACAGGCCUGCAGCCGUGUAGCGUUUUGGUGUUACCACUAGAUAGUAGAUAUAUAAGAAUAUAUUGAUGUUAUUAGGUAUAAUGAUACU